AUGGAUCGUGCCAUCAAGCGGUUCAAAAAGCCCGCUGUUCGCCUCGUCUGCUCCUAUCUUUUCGACUGGAUCCUCUGCGUCGUUCUGAUUGCACUCUUCCUCACACUCGACAACGUCACCCCUUUCAAGAGGCAGUUCUCGGUCGAAGACACCUCAUUGAUGUACCCAUACAAGGAAAAGGAGACGAUCCCUACCUGGGCGCUCAUUAUCAUUGCCGUUGUGUUCCCUGCUGUAUUGAUGGCUGUAGUCUCUCUUUUCAUCAGACGGAGCUCUUAUGACUUCCACAACGGCUUCUUGGGUCUGCUUCUCUCGGUCUCCUUGACCAUCGUUGUCACGCAGGUCGUCAAGGUCACGUUCGGUAAACAUCGGCCGGAUUUCAUCGACCGGUGCAAGCCGAUGCUCAACGGGGUCGCCAUCACUCGCGACGAACCCUUGAAACUCUGGACAGUGGACGUCUGCACCACGACCGACCAUCUGGUCUUCAAGGACGGCAUACGCUCGUUCCCCUCAGGACAUGCCAGCACCUCCUUCGCUGGUCUUGUCUACCUCUCUCUAUGGCUCGCUGGCAAGAUGCAUGUGUUUGACAGAAAGGGUUAUUCCCUCAAGAGUGUCAUCCUCAUGGUGCCCAUCCUGACUGCCAUACUGGUCGCGAUUUCACGCAUUGAGGAUUACAGACAUUCGGCCGCGGAUGUCGGCUGGGGCACGGUCAUUGGCAUCUUCUUUGCCUUCUUUGCGUAUCACCAAUACUAUCCAUCGAUCACUAGGUCCCAUUCUCACAUCCCCUAUCCUCCACGCGACUUUAGCUACCUGAUCAAGGACAACAACGGCAAGGUUCAUGAGGCUGGACACCUCGAGGCCAUGACAGGUAUUCACCCCAACGAAGAAUCCGUCGAUGAGAUUCAGCAGCAGCAACCAGAGCAGCUUGCGGACUUGGAUGCCCAAGAAAAGUAG